UAUACUCACCAGGAAUGUACCUCCUUCUUCUCUAAUUGAGAUGCCGAUAACUUUAAGAUUGAUACACGCUGUCGGAUCUCGGGCGUAUAUACCUAUGAAUAAUCUGUAUAUCGAAAUCAAGAACAAAUUAAAAGAUCUCUGCUGUACUUUGUUUGAAGAUAUUUUCAUAGAAGCAAUGUCAGGGAACAAUGCUACAAAUACUACCAUAUAUAGUCAGAGAUUAUUUGAUGAAAUUGGGGGCUCUUCUUCGGUGCCUACAGUGGAGGAACCACAGGUAGUACGAGUUAGUACUCCACCGAGUGAACGAAUUAUGUUCAUUACAUUCUCUACAGGAUUUCCAAUUACUGAAGAUCAAUUGCGAGAGUAUUUUGUCGGGAUGCAUAGGGACUGUAUAGAAAGAAUCGAUAUGCAAGAAAUAAAACCACCAGAAAGACAGUCAAUGUCCGCUAAGAUAGUUUUUAAUGAAUCUGAAACAAUUGAUGGAAUCCUUGGCGGCGUAGAGAACGUUUCGCUUUUAAUCAAUGGAGUUCAUGUGCAAGCAAGCAAGGAGAUAUGAAGGCAGUCAAUAGUGGUCGAUGAUUAUACAAUCAAUAUUUCAUCAAUGCACAUGCAAGAAUCAACUAUCAUCAGUUUCUUGUUGAAUGUUGCGUUUUUUUCUUAAUGUUUUGCAAAUCUUGUUUUUGUUAAAUGAUGCGCAUGAGUUUAAGUAACUAUGCUGAACAAAUUCAGGGGAAUAAAUCAUCAUUUUAAACGUGAA